ACAUAUUAAAUAUGCCUCUCUUUCUUUCCUUCACCCUCUUUCUUUGCUUGAGUCCCUGUUUCCUGCAUGUACACAACAGGGUGCAACAGGGACUGGAAAUAUGGGACAGACAGGGAUAGGAAAUGCUUAAGACGAUUUUCAAAAUAAAUAACGACUCUAAAUCUAAAUCAUAGAAUUCACGAACGGAGCUUCAUCCCUUUGUCCAUAAAAGCAGUUUAUACACCGUCCUUCAGGUCCAUAGGGGACCUACAAAUUUCUCUUUUUUUGUUCUGUCGCUUCCACUUACAGACGUUACAGACUCGAGCACGUCACUCGGCCACUAUAUUCUUAUAUGGCUAUGCUAUGGGCGAAAGACAUUCUACAUGUUGGCAGUACUGAGUUUAAGAUACAAAAGUGGAUGAGAGUUAGUAAACAAUAAAUGGAAAUCGCGAGGUCGUUCUCUGAAUCGCCCGGGCGUGUAUGGAAAUGGCUAUUCCUCUGUACUUCUAAGGUUUCGUCGUUAGUAUUUAAAACAAAAUGCAGUCAAUCAGCUGAUACAUAUAUUUUCUGCGAAACUGCAAGCAACUCUCGCUAUAUUACAUGCAUUUCGCAUGAUCGAAGUGCAUCCUGUCGCGCGUCCCAUAAACCGAAGGGGAGAAAAUUGAAAUGGCUGAGGAGAACAAUGAAAUCUGUGGGUUUCUGGAUGUGAAAUUUUUCUAUGGUAAAUCCCGAGUACACAAAGUUAAGAAGAAGACUCUGGGUCAUUGGAGAGUUUGGAAGAGGUACUGGUGUUCCUUUGAGAAUGUAGGCUCUGGAAUGGGCAUCAAAGUGCAUCUGAACUUUUGCUUUGGCAAUAGCAGUGCCCAGUCAGUACCAGGCAGAAGCAAUUCCAUAAUAAUCCCACUGGAUGCUAUUAUAUGCCGUACACAAUCUAGAUCCAAGCAAUUUGCUUUUGGUGUAUUUCCUUCGAAAGACAGGAAACCACUGUUGUAUUUAGCUGGUAAUUCGGAGAUAGAUUCGCAAAGAUGGAUGGCGAACAUAAGACAACUGCUAAGACCAAGGAACAUCAAAGCUAUAGCUGACUUCCAUAGUAUAUCCAUAAUUGAUAAUGCACAUUCCAAAGCUUCGGGACUAACAGGACUAUAUGGAGACUUGACAACCAACCCGUUAGGAGUUUUCAUAAGAGACGUUCAUACGGGUGAAAUAAUCGAGAAUUUCGAAUGGAAAGAGCUUGAUCAGUUUCACUUGGCGACAGCAGGUCGGCCCGAGGACGUUAAAUGUAUCUGCGUCGUUCACACAACCAGAGAGUUCCGCACUGGAAUCGGUGAACUCUACGUGUUCUGCCUUGAAGCUGGUAAAUUGUUACACGACUUAGUGACACAGGGUCGUGGUUCAAGGCACAAACAAGUGAAUCGAAGACCAUUCAGCUUAAGCGAAGGUGAUAUUAGGGCGAUAGCGCACGAUGAGCUGAUGCGAAGUUACUCCGUGGCAAACGAGAGAGUGCACUUGAGACCGUUAAAUAAAAGAAUGGGUACUAACGAGAGAUACGAGGAAAUAAGAUGUAAAGUGGAGGACGUUCAUCAGCCGGAACCUUAUAACCGUAACGAUAGAAGGUGCUCUAAUAUAUCUACAGCCUCCGGAAUUUAUGAAGAGAUUCCGGACGAGCUUGACCAAAUCGCGGUCGUUGCCUCCAGUUUUCAUAUGGAACGAAUUUUUCGUUGUCGAUCAUCGAACGAACCGCCGCCUUUACCUCCGCGUCAAAGGUGCGCUUCGGAGUCUAUGAAAGGAAGCAGAUCGCAAGACGGCCGUGUGUUUUCUGGACCCAGCACCCUGCCUUCGAUAUCUCACGUAAAUUCUAUACAAAUGGAAAGAACCAGCUUAGAAUCGCGCAGAGUGAUGGUCGAGUCUAAUUACGUUCCUAUGUCACCGAGAUUGAAGGAUAUCAUCGUGUAUAAUAUGGAAGCUGAAAUAGCCUCGACAGAGAACGAUUACGUUAUUAUGCGAUAGACAUUGAGAUAUCCGUAAGAAACGUCUGCUUAAUAUUUGAUCUCGUCUCGGAACAUAUUCUGAGAAUAUAGUUCAGUGAAAUGAACAUUUUUCACAAGUUAUAUGGUAAUAUUGCUGCAAAACCUUAAAUCUAUUGAUUUAUUUUAAAGUUGCAAAAAUGUUUUUUGUAUGUAGGAAAGAAUUUAAUAGUUGUAUUGAAAAGGUUUCGAUUGAAACUCGUGUAUUUUGAAAAUAUCUGUCUAAUGAAACGCGAUACACUAAGAUUGGUUAAUUUACUAAGCUGUAAAAAAAUUAAGAAUAAAGACUACUUUUCAAAUAUCAAUUACUUCCGUAAAAUUCGAUAUGAGUAGCUGAAAUGUAACGACCAUUCAAAAGUAAAACUUCAAUUUUUCCAACUUUAAACUAAAUUUGCAGUGUUCAAGCCAAAAAUUUCUGUAUUACACUUGUUUCUAAUGAUAAAAUUUAUACAAUUCUGCAGCAAUAUUGUAUAUAUCAUUUCAUGUUUAAAAUAUUCGAUUUCCAAGCUAAUUUGACUGAACUAACAUACAAAUACGGAAGAUAAGAUGUAUUCCCUAAUUUCAAUUAGAAUGAACAGGGGUCAGCGAUUUAACAUUUAA